AUGAUGGUGAUGAGCCGUGUGAUGUGUGUGUUGGCCGUUGUGCUGUGCUGCGCCUGCGGGUAUACCAUGGCGGCGGCUGCUCAGAACUCGCUGCCGGAGGGAAGAGGGACGCAAGGUGGGGCUGUUAAUAAUAAUAGGGGUAUAUAUCAUCAUGCUAUGUCGGAUCUUGACGUUAUUUAUGACGUUUUGAAUCUGAACAAAACGGAAUAUGCGCUCAAAGAAAAAAUCGAGAAUGAGAAACGUCUUGCAGCUGCCAAAGGAACAAAACCUCUUGAGACUUUACAGAUGAAGGCAGAUGGACUUGGUACUGGUGGUGUUGAUUCGGAGUGCGGUAGUGGUACUGCUGAUACUGACGGUAAAUGUAGUGGUACUGAAGCACCGCGGCUGGAA